AUGGAGCGGUUUGAUUUCCUCAUGAUCGGCACGUAUUCUGGAGAUUUGAAACAGAUUGUGCAGACAAACUACUCGGCUCAUCAUCGUGUGAUGAAAACGUCAUCUUUCCCGUACUACUAUCCCGAAAUGGUAUUCAAAGAGAAAGUGGCUGUGUUGAGGAAGAAA